GUCGUGCAUACUUGAUUUACCACCGCUGCACGCUAGGUAGCUUGGUCGGUAUAUAGUACUCCCUCCGUUCACUUUUAUAAAUCAUUUCAGACAACUAAAAAAUAGGCUAUUUUGCACAUUGUCUGAAAUGUCUUUAAGGCCUUAUAAAAAUGAAUAGAGGGAGUACUAUCUUAGACUAGUGCGACGAACUCAUUCACGUAUAUGAUCCUAGCUAGAGUACCGGCAGCUGCACAUCCGCCUCCAAGCUCUAGCUACGAUCGUCAUCAACCACAGACCUCCCCUCCAUCAACGGUGUUGUGGAGAACAACAACCCGCCCGCCCGGAGGCGCUCUGGAUCCGUUUCUUCCACUCGUUUGUCAGCCGUCCAAGACUGGCACCACCUUCCGGGUCACCAUUUGUGUUUCUUUUUCAUGCGUCGUCGUUGAUCUAGUGGCUAUACUGUAGCUGCUCCACGCUCACCUGCCCCCGCGCGUGGGAAGCGUGCGCCCAUGGCGACGGAGGUGACCCUGCGCCGCUUCGACCUCUCGGACGUGGACGCCAUGAUGGCAUGGGCGUCCGACCCCGAGGUCGCCGCCUUCUGCCGCUGGGAGCCCUUCGCGUCCACGGAGACGGAAGCCCUGCUCGCCCACAUCCGGGACACCGCGCUCCCGCACCAGUGGUACCGCGCCAUCUGCCUCGCCGGCGACGCCCGCCCCGUCGGCUCGGUGUCCCUGGAGCCCACGGCUGACCGGUGCCGCGGGGAGCUCGGCUACGUGGUGGCCCGCGCGCACUGGGGCAGGGGCGUGGCCACCGCCGCCGUGAGGGCCGCGCUCGCCGCGGUGUUCGGCGAGGUGGAGGGGCUGGCCCGCGUGGAGGCGCUCGUGGACGUGGACAACGCGGCGUCGCAGCGCGUGGUGGAGAAGGCCGGGUUCCGGCGCGAGGGCAUGCUGCGGCGCCACUACUGGCACAAGGGCCGCGUCAGGGAUCUCGCCAUCUACGGCUUCGUCUCCGGCGAUCCCUUGCCCCCAUCACAUGAGGAUGAGGGUCGGAGACCGAUGGAGCGAGAAGCGGCAGCCCGGACGCCGGAGCGCGCGGACGAGGUGACCCUCCGGCCGUUCGACCUCCCCGACGCCGACGCCGACGCCAUGACGGCGUGGGCGGAAGACCCCGAACUAGUACCGCCUACGGCCUCCAUGGCGUCGGGGGUCCACUUCUCCCCGUCCCGCGACGCCCUGCUCGCGUUCCUCCGGGGCACCGACCCGCCGCACACCUGGAUCCGCGCCGUCUGCCUCGGCGGCGCCAUCGUGGGCGCGGUGACCGUGUUGCGCACAGAGGACCGGUGCCGCGCGGAGGUCGGGACCGCGCUGGCGCGCGCGCACCGGGGCAGGGGCGUGGCCGCGGCGGUCCUGAGGAGCGCGGCGACCGCGGCCUUCGGGGACCUGGAGGGCGUGGAGCGCGUGGAGGCGCUGGUGGACGCGGACGACGCCGCGUCCCUGCGCGCGCUGGAGGACGCCGGGUUCCGCCGCGAGGCCGUGCUGCGGCGCCACCGCGACGCCAAGGACGUGGUCGUCUACAGCCUCAUCUCCACCGACGGCGACCCACUCAUCGACUCACGCAGUUCAUGACGAUGUUGG